UUUCGAUCAAGAACAACUUCCAAUAAUAGUAGCGGUAACACCUCACCGAGUCUGGGACCUACAACAAAUACAAAAGCCGUUGAUAAAAUGGCAAUCGAUGAACCAGAGCAGUCAGGAGAGCAGCUUUAUUGUAUCUGUAGGUCAUCUGAUGGCCAAUCAUUUAUGAUUGAAUGUGACAAUUGUGAUGAAUGGUUCCACGGCGCCUGUGUAAAAAUAUCAUCCGAAGAAUCAUUAAUGGUGGACAAAUUUUAUUGUCCAAAUUGUACAGGGUUCAAAACAUCGUGGAAAGCAGAAAAAUGUAAAUAUCAACCCUGCAAAAAACCAGCUAGAUUCAUAAAAUCGAAAUUCUGUUCAAUCAAAUGUGGAAUGGAUUACAGCCGUAUUCUUCUCGAAAAGGAAGAAAGGGCGGCUAAAAUGAAAGCAUUACUAAACAAAAAAAACAAGGACAAUAAAAAAGGACCGGUAAAGCGAAAUGUUACAAAUCGUACGGGUCAGUUGGAAGAUGGUGAAAAGUUGAAAAGGAUAGCGAAUAAAGAAGCUAAAAUUAAAAAAGAAUUGGAAGAAAUUGAGACACUUAACAAUGUGGCAGGGCGAAGCACUGAAAAGGUUCAGAGUGAGAGUGAUCAAGUUGAUAGCGAUGGGUCAGCUCAGGAUGUUCCAUGCGAAUUUGAGAAACAAUCCGAGAGCGAUGGGCCUAUACGCAAUGCUCCAAUCUGUGGAUACAGUCCUCGGCUCGAUUGGGUUAUCGAUAAAGACGAUUUAAAAUAUGUGGGGGAAGAAAUUUGUACAGUUCAAAAGGCGCGCUGUAAAAAACACCGUAAUUGGCAAAGCCGUAAGAACAUGCAGAUCGAAUUGGCAAAAGCUAAUAAGAACAAGCACCUUUCAGAACUUGCCGAAAAAAAGAAAUUAACAAAAGCACGAAUGAGGAAACGAAACGAUAUGGAAGAAGCAAUAAUAAACGAAACAAUUGAUCAUAUGGCUCGUUUGCAAUUUUUAACUUCGUUAACUCGUGCACAGACAAAUUAUGCGUUACCACCUCCUAAUAUCCAGGGAAUACCACAGGAACAAAGUAACAAUUCUUAUCCUAACACAGAAUAUGCGAGGCUACUAGCUUACUCUUUAUAUUUUUACGAAGCGGAAAGAAGUGGAAAAUUACCCGCAAACAAUAGGGUAUCGUGGAGGUAUGAUUCAGCGCUAAGCGACGGUCAAGAUGUUGGACUUGAUUUAAUGAUUGCCUGGGGAGCUUUAGAAUGGGGUAAUGGUUAUCGAUUGGCAAAUCAGACCCAAUAUUUGAGAGAUAUGAUAAAGUGGGGCACCGAUUGGCUAAUAAAUGCCAGCUCGAAUACGAAUAAUACAGGAAAUCAAUAUCUAUAUGUGAUGAUUGGUAGCCUUGAUUCAGAUCUUAACUAUUGGGGACCUGAUACAAAUAUUCCUACUCCACGUCCAUCGAUAAACGUUAGCUCGUCUGCUCAUGGUACUGAUGUUUCAGGAGAAACGGCGGCAGCGAUGGCUGCAUCAUCUUUAGUGUUUCUUAAUCAAUUUAAUGAUUCCGCGUACGCCAAUACACUUUUAACAUACGCGAAAAAUUUAUACUCUUUCGCCGAAACAACACCUUUCACUGUAUAUCAAAAUUCAGCACCACAAGUAAAAGUUGCAUAUAAUUCAUCCAAUUAUGCUGACGAAUUGGUCUGGGGUGCUCUUUGGUUAUAUCGUGCGACAAAUGACACGAGCUAUCUUGAUAAAGCUGUUAACUAUUUUAACACUAAUUCACUGAGCGGUUUGCAAAAAGUAUUUAAUUGGGAUGAAAAAUCUGGCGCGUGUUAUGUGUUAUUUGCACAAUUAUUUCAGCAAUCUGGUAAGGAUGCAAGUAUGUGGAAAUCUGAGGCGGAACGAUACUUGGAUAACGUUGUAAGACAAUCUGGUAGUUGUUCAUUAACCAAUGGUGGCCUUUUAUGGUGUGACGGUGACAGCAAUGCUGCACCCUUAAACCCAUCUCUCGGUGCAGCUCUUUUGUGUCUAGUUUACGCACCAUUUGCUACUUCACCUGAUAAGACUAAAAGAUAUAUGAAAUUUGCCUUAUCGCAAAUUGAUUACAUUCUUGGUAAAAACCCUAUUAACACACCGUAUGUCGUCGGUGUUCAUCCAAACUCACCGCAGAAUCCUCAUCAUGCUGGUGCGCAUGGUGGAACUGAUGUAUCCAAUUUGAAUAAUCCGCCUCAAACCCAACAUGUUUUAUAUGGUGCAAUUGUGGGUGGUCCAAAUAAAAAUGACCAAUUUAGUGAUUCAAGAGCUGAUUAUGUUGAAACUGAG